GGCGCCAAUGCCUCGGCAUUAGAGAAAGAGAUUGGUCCAGAACAGUUUCCAGUCAAUGAGCACUAUUUUGGAUUAGUCAAUAACUUUUUGACAACUACAUGCAACAAGAUGCCCAUGAAUUCUUAAAUUACCUACUAAAUACAAUUGCUGAUAUCUUACAAGAAGAGAGGAAGCAGGAAAAGCAAAAUGGCCGUUUACCUAAUGGUAAUAUCGACAGCGAAAAUAACAGCAGCCCACCCGACCCAACGUGGGUUCAUGAGAUUUUUCAGGGAACAUUAACAAAUGAAACCAGAUGUCUUACUUGUGAAACCAUAAGCAGCAAAGAUGAAGAUUUUUUAGACCUUUCUGUUGACGUGGAACAAAACACAUCGAUCACUCACUGCUUAAGGGGUUUUAGCAACACAGAAACUCUGUGCAGUGAAUACAAAUAUUACUGUGAAGAAUGUCGCAGCAAACAGGAGGCACACAAACGGAUGAAAGUUAAAAAACUGCCCAUGAUUCUAGCUCUGCACCUGAAGAGGUUUAAGUACAUGGAUCAGCUUCAUCGAUACACAAAACUGUCUUACCGGGUAGUUUUUCCUUUAGAACUUCGUCUGUUUAACACCUCUGGCGACGCAACCAAUCCUGACAGAAUGUACGACCUCGUCGCCGUGGUGGUUCACUGUGGAAGUGGUCCCAAUCGAGGACAUUAUAUCGCAAUAGUUAAGAGUCAUGAUUUUUGGUUGUUGUUUGAUGACGACAUUGUAGAAAAAAUUGAUGCACAAGCUAUUGAAGAAUUCUACGGGUUGACAUCAGAUAUCUCAAAGAACUCUGAGUCUGGUUACAUCCUUUUCUAUCAGUCUCGGGACUGAGGGGGACCGUGAUGAAGAGAUACUUUCUGCCUCAUUUCUUCUCUGGUUAUUUUGCAAAGGAUCAAGCACUGAUUUUUCAAGAAAAGAGAAAUGCAGGAAGCUCAGGGGGCAGUAGCACACUUUGCACACAAUAAAGCAAAGACUAUGGAUUCACACGCU